UUUUUUUCUUUGGGAUUUGGGAAGUCUCUGGCAUAUUGUUUGGGCUUCGUAGUGCAAAGCUGUGUUUGCAGAGGCUGAAGUUCCUGUGGAUUGUGUGUCCCGGUUUAAGGAUGGAGGUGCAGAACAGUGUGCUGCCCAAUGUGAUCCCAGAGGAUCGGGAGGUUCAGCAUUCGGUGGUUAAUGGGGUUCAACUCGUUGAUGGCGGGGAGGAUGAAGUGCCCGUCUCCAAAUCCCAGAGGAGACGCAGUGACAUAAAAGUGUACAAGGAGUUCUGUGACUUUUAUGCACGAUUCAACAUGGCAAAUGCUCUGGCAAAUGCCAUCUGUGAGCGCUGCAAGAGUGGCUUUGAACCGGCUGAGAAGAUUGUGAACAGUAACGGCGAGCUGUACCAUGAGCAGUGCUUCGUGUGCGCACAGUGUUUCCAGCAGUUCCCAGAGGGCCUCUUCUACGAGUUUGAAGGGAGAAAAUACUGUGAGCAUGAUUUCCAGAUGCUGUUUGCCCCCUGUUGCCAUCAGUGUGGCGAGUUCAUCAUUGGUCGUGUGAUAAAGGCGAUGAACAAUAGUUGGCAUCCCGACUGCUUCUGCUGUGACAUCUGCCAACAAGUCCUUGCUGACGUGGGCUUUGUGAAGAAUGCUGGCAGACACCUUUGUCGCCCUUGUCACAACCGUGAGAAAGCUAGAGGUCUGGGGAAGUACAUCUGUCAGAAGUGUCACGCCAUCAUUGACGAGCUGCCUUUGAUUUUCAAGAAUGAUCCGUACCACCCGGAUCACUUCAACUGCACCAACUGCGGUAAGGAGCUGACUGCUGAUGCUCGUGAACUAAAAGGGGAGUUGUAUUGCCUGCCCUGCCAUGACAAGAUGGGAGUUCCCAUUUGUGGUGCCUGCCGAAGACCCAUUGAAGGGCGUGUGGUCAACGCCAUGGGCAAGCAGUGGCACGUGGAGCAUUUUGUGUGUGCUAAGUGUGAAAAGCCAUUCCUUGGCCACCGUCACUAUGAAAGGAAGGGAUUGGCUUAUUGUGAAACUCACUACAAUCAGCUGUUUGGUGAUGUUUGCUACCACUGCAACCGUGUGAUUGAAGGAGAUGUUGUAUCUGCACUGAACAAGGCUUGGUGUGUAAACUGCUUUGCCUGUUCUACUUGCAACACCAAGCUGACACUCAAGGACAAAUUCGUUGAGAUUGAUCUAAAGCCGGUCUGCAAGCCCUGCUAUGAGAGAAUGCCUGAGGAGCUAAAGCGUCGGCUGGCCAAACGCGAAAGAGACUCCAAAGAAAAGAAAAAGAAAAUGCCAAUCUGUUUGAACAAGUUUGUGGAGUUUGACAUGAAACCAGUCUGCAAGAAAUGCUAUGAGAAGUUCCCUCUGGAGCUGAAGAAAAGACUAAAGAAGCUGGCUGAAACUGUUGGACGUAAAUAAACUGCAAGCUGUGCACUUUGCACAGUUCAGACAAGAAUGCUAGCCAUACUGAGCUUGGUUAGAACCAAAAUGUGUUUAAUACACACAGAAUCUGAAGGUUUGGAAACGCAAAACUGUAUAUUCAUUGGAAAUAAAACUGAUGGAUUUAGUUUUAAAAUAAUUUUGAAAACAUCGAGGUAUGAAAAGAUCAGGAUAAUAGAUUUUCUCAAAGAACGAUCUUGUCAUUUAUACUGUACCUGUUUAGGAUUUUGUAUUUUACACCUAUGUAUUAACAAAACACACUUCUAUCUUAGCUAAGCCAAAUGUUACUCUGUCUUUCUGUACUCUCUUUUAUGACAAUUCUACUCCAAUGCAUGAUGUGCAAAUUGAAAUUAAGUUCAUAUUAAUCCCUUUAAGGUUGUGGAGAAACAAAAACUUGUACAACUAACAAGAACAUGGGAACUUGCGUGCUCCUAAAUUUAUGGAAUGCAUUUAUUAAUAAAGACAUUUAGAUUGUAAAACGCCCAAAGAAACUAUAUUAAAUGUUUUUUGUCCAAUUUGUAAUGUAGGUCUUACUCCAUUUAUAAAACAUUUGUUAAUGUGGUUGACUACUAUUAACAAGGAAUACCUGUUUAUUACAAUCACAUUUUAAUGAUUCAUUACUAAUGUAGAGAUUAAUGCUUGGUUAUGUAUAAAUGCCUUACAUAUUCUUGUAACAUUAUAUUGCUAUAGCCUUUUAUUGUGAAGAAAUGGCUAAUGUUUAUAACACUUUCAGGACACAGAACUACAUGCAUUAUUGAUGGUUUAUAACAGAUUUGUAAACUUAGAUGUUACCGAUUUUAAUGCAGCGGUGCUUCCUUAAUGGUGUAAUAGUCAAGCCUAUUGGAAACUCGCUAGCCCCCACAGUGUACGGGCAGCAUAGAAAGUGAGUGAGUGGGUCCAAAUACAUGACAACUUUGACCCGAAAAUCGCAUAAGGAACAAGAAAAAAAGGGAAGUUGUUAGAAAAUGUAUUUUCAAAGGCUUGAUUUUAAUAUGGCUUUUAAAAUGGACUGUUUCUAUUGGCAAUUGUAUAGCCUGCUAUUUUUCCUGCAUGUUUAUUAUAUAUAUAUAUAUAUAUAUAUAUAUAUAUCCACACCCCCUUGAACUUUUUUCACAUUUUGUUGUGUCAGUGCCUCAGAGUUUCAUGCAUUUAAAUGAGGAUUUUUUUUCCACUUAUCUACACACCAUACUCCACACUGUUAAGGGGAAAAAAAGUUUUUAUGGGAAAAAAUAUAUAUAUUAAAUACAAAACUGAAAGAUCAUAAUUGGAUAAGUCUCCACCCCCGAGUUGGUGGAAGCACCUUUGGCAGCAAUUACAGCUGUGAGUCUGUUGGGAUAGGUCUCUACCAACUUUGCACUCCUAGAUUUAGCAAUAUUUGACCAUUCUUCUUUACAAAACUGUUCAAGCUCCGUCAAGUUCCUUGGGGAGCGUUGAUGGACAGCAAUCUUCAAGUCAUGCCACAAAUUUUCAAUUUGAAUUAGGUCGGGGCUCUGACUGGGCCACUGAAGGUCAUUUACCUUUUUGUUCCUUAGCCACUCCAGUGUAGCUUUGGCUGUGUGCUUUGGGUCGGCCUGAUCUAGGCGGGAUCUUGGUGGUGCCAUACACCUUCCACUUCUUAAUAAUCAUCUUGACCGUGCUCCAAGGGAUAUUCGAGGCCUUUGAUAUUUUUAUUAUACCCAUCCCCUGAUCUUUCCAACCCUGGAACCUACAGGAACUGCUGAAUUUAUCCUGAAAUCAUGUGAAUCACUACAAUUUAACACAAGUGGAGGCCACUUAACUUGGUGUGUGAUUUUGAAGGCGAUUGGUUACACCUGAGCUAAUUUAGGAUUGCUAUUACUAGGGGGAUGGAAACUUAUCCAACCAAGCUAUUUCAGUUUUUAUUUUUAAUUAAUUUUCUACAAAUUUCUAGAAUAUCUUUUUUCACUUGGAAGUUGUGGUGUAGGAUGUGUAGAUAAAUGAAAACAAAAACUAUUUUAAUGCAUUUUAAUUCCAGGCUAUAAGGCAACAAAAGGUAAAAAUAUUGAAAGGAGGUACAGACUUUCUAUAGGCACUGUGUAUAUGUGUGUGUAUUAUAUAUAUAUAUAUAUAUAUAUAUAUAUAUAUAUAUAUAUAUAUAUAUAUAUAUAUAUAUAUUAAUUAGUGUGUGUGUGUGCCUUAUUUUUAUAAUAGCAGUUCAAUUAGCAAUAAUCUUUAUCUGUGUAGCCCAAAUGCUAUGUUUUGACAAUAUGUACUUUUGCGAGUUAAGAUUUGUAUUUUUUCUUUUUUUGUUAAAAUCACACUGCCUUAAAUGUUAAACAACCUGAAGUACCAGAUAAUUAGAAAACCAUGGUUAUUUCUGAAGUCAGCAUUUAUUUAAGAAUUAAGAAAAUAUGUCAAGCAAGGGAUGGGAUGAAUAAAUAAAUGAUGUACACCUGUAGUGAAAACGGUACUCAGGACUUCAAAGAAUGAUCUAUAUCAAGUAUUGUUUACGUACUAUGGAACUGUUACAUUUCUAGAACAUUUCAAAUUGAUUUAUUUGUCAGAACAAAUCAUGAAAAAAUAUGGCACGAUCUGUUUCUUUGGUAAUAGUAAAUGGCAUUGUUAAUUACAAAACAAAAAUACUGCAUAAUGUUGGUUUACAUUCUGUUGCAUUGGAAAUGUUAAAAGAAAGUGUCACUCAAAGCCAUCCAACUUAAAAUUGUAUGUAUACUAAUCAUUGAAUCAGUUUUCUAGUAUGUUUCUAUGUUAUUCACAGUGACAUAUUCCAGUAUUUAAUAAAAUCUAUACCAUCAAA